AUGGAGCGCCUCAGAACGAUGUUGGGAGCCGGUGGCCUGGGUGGCCUCGGUACGCAGCCCGGAUCGGAUAACUCGAACCUGAUCGAUAACUCCGAGACCGUCUACAUCUCCUCCCUAGCUCUACUCAAGAUGUUGCGACACGGCCGCGCAGGUGUUCCCAUGGAAGUCAUGGGCCUGAUGCUAGGAGAGUUCGUCGAUGACUUCACCGUUCGAGUAGUAGAUGUGUUUGCGAUGCCUCAGAGUGGUACUGGCGUCAGUGUUGAGGCCGUCGACCCUGUAUUCCAGAUGAAGAUGAUGGACAUGUUGCGGCAAACGGGCAGACCCGAGUCAGUCGUUGGAUGGUACCACUCGCAUCCUGGCUUUGGCUGCUGGCUGUCGUCGGUUGAUAUCAACACCCAACAGAGCUUUGAGCAGUUGACGCCCCGAGCCGUCGCCGUCGUCGUGGAUCCUAUCCAAUCAGUCAAAGGCAAGGUCGUCAUUGAUGCCUUCCGUUUGAUCAACCCCCAAUCCCUCAUGCUUGGCCAAGAGCCCCGACAAAGCACAUCGAACCUCGGACACCUCAACAAGCCAUCCAUUCAGGCCCUCAUCCAUGGGCUCAACCGACAUUACUACUCUAUCGGCAUCAAUUAUAGGAAAACUGCGCUCGAGGAGAACAUGCUCAUGAACCUACACAAGCAGGUCUGGACCGAGGCGCUCCAAAUGGAAGACUUCAGAUUAGAGGGUGACCGAAACAAGGAGCGACUCGAGAAUCUAGUCAGCUUAGCGGAGGGCUACGAGAAGAGAGUUAAGGAGGAGACCGAGCUCACCAAGGACCAGCUCAAGACACGCUAUGUCGGCAAACUAGACCCGAAGAAGCAUUUGGAGGAUGUUGGGCAACAGCUUAUCGAGGACAACAUUGUCGCCGUCUCAAGACAAAUGAUCGACAAAGAAGCUACGAUGCCGAAGAAGGAGGCUACGAAUGGCACGAACGGCGCAUCAAACGGUGACGAUAUGGAAGUUGAGGAAGAGGAGCUCUGA